GGUGCACGGGAAUCCCCAUUCACCACGAGAAAUGGGGAUGGGGGUGGCGGCAGUGGAAGGCAUAAACCAGAUUGUCACUGGAAACUUGACGGAGUUGUCGGAACAAGAGCUGAUCGAUUGUGAUACCACGUACAACAAUGGGUGCAAUGGAGGUCUCAUGGAUUAUGCAUUUUCCUUCAUUGUUUCCCGUGGUGGGCUUCACAAGGAGGAAGACUACCCCUAUAUCAUGGAGGAAGGAACUUGUGAGAUGAGAAAGGCAUUGGCAAAUCAACCUGUAAGCGUGGCCAUUGAGGCUCCCGGAAGAGACUUCCAAUUUUACAGCGGGGGUGUGUUUGAUGGGCAUUGUGGAAGUGAACUGGAUCAUGGAGUUGCCGCCGUUGGGUAUGGUUCAACCAAGGGUUUGGACUACAUCAUUGUGAAGAAUUCUUGGGGACCCAAAUGGGGAGACGAGGGUUACAUAAGGAUAAAGAGGAAUACAGGAAACCUGAAGGUCUAUGUGGUAUCAAAAGUAUGGCUUCUUAUCCUAUCAAAAAAAUGUGAACUGAAAUUACAUUCUUGUGAUUGUUAUUACCGUUUUAAUCUUCUAAUUUUCGUUUGUACUUUGAAUCCAAGGAUUUUGCCAUAUAUUUCUACUCCUGUUUCUAGUUUGAAUAUAAAUGGAUCAUGAAAUUUUAUAUCUUAUAAAUUUAAAAGAUAUGU